GUGUGUGUGUGUGGAGGGGGGGCCGCUGCUGCUGGAGGCUGCUGGAACUGUGAUACGUCACGCCAGUGUGGAUCAACAGCAGGUUCAUUGACUCCCGAGGCAGCAGCUGACGCAGCGGGGGUGAGACCGCUGGAGGAGCCUCCUUCACACCCCAGCUGACGUGUUGCUCCUGUACCUCUGCUGCUGCUGCUGCACGGACCCUGGCCGGAAACUGGGCGUUCCACAGCCCCGAGGCGCUCAAGGACUCACAAGGGCUCACAUAUGUGCGCGGAGAGCACCGUUUCCUGGCCCCCGUUUGCUCUUAUAGUUGUUGUAGAGGUGGUGAGCAGCGUGUAACUUCCCCCCCCCCGCUGGAGUGGUGCUCUGCCCUCUGCUGGAGGCUAUAGAGGUACACUAACUAGUUACUCUUGUGUAACGUGACGGGAAUACCCCCGGUGUCGUCUUCACCUACUGCUUCACGCACUUGUGCCUCUCAGCAUGUCUAAGAAGAAACUAAAGGACAUUCCAAUACCUGUGGAGGAGAAGCCCACUAAGCAGGAAUAUGCAGUAGCCACCUACUUGAAGAAGAACUGUCCCACUAAGAAGACAAAGUUUCUCAACCACCAGGUUAACUAUUUCUAUGCAAACAAGGCUGUUGACACACUUCUGGACUCACCAUGGGCAACAGGCAAAGACAUUCUCUUCACUGAUCGCCAAUCUGUGGUCGACUACUGCAAUAAGUUGUUGAAGCAGAAGUUCUUCCAUCGUGCCAAGAAGAUCCCCAUUACUGACAAGGAUCUUAAACCCAAGGAUCUGAAGAAGAAAAAAGAAAAGGAGAGAGAAGAAAAAAAGAAAAAAGAAAUUGAGAAAAAGAAAGAAAAGGAAGAGAAAAAGGGCAAAGAUGACGAGAAAAAGGAGAAUGAGGAGGAGGCGGCGGCAGAAGAGGAGAGCAAGCAAGACGGUUCCAGCGCAGACAAAGAUGAGAAGGAUGUAAAGGAGAAGGAUGAAGAAAAAGAGAAGAAAAAGAAGAAGAAAUCCAAGAUCAAGCUGGACAUGCACUUGGAACAAGUGUUUGUUGAUGGGGGUGAUGCGUAUGUCUGGAUGUAUGAUCCUAUUCCGUUCUGGUACUAUAUCGCAGGGAGUUUGUGUCUAUUUGGCGCCAUUGCUGUUUGUCUCUUCCCUCUCUGGCCACCAAGUGUUCGGAAAGGCGUAUAUUAUUUGAGUGUGGCCGCAGCCGGGUUCUUGGGUGUGAUUUUGGGCCUGGCCGUGUUGCGAUUCAUUGUAUUUGUCAUUAUCUGGGUGUUGACAAUGGGUAUACAUCAUCUGUGGCUGCUGCCCAACCUUACGGAAGAUGUCGGAUUCUUUGCAUCGUUCUGGCCUCUCUAUCAUUACGAGUACCGGGGCGCAGGAUAUGAAAAGAAAAAUAAAAAGAAGAAAAAGAUUAAAGAUGAUGAUGAGGAGAGGGAAGAAGAGGGGCAAGACAAGAGAUCCGAUAUGGAUGACACGCUUGACAGCCCAGACACGGCAGCAGAGACGGACAAACACGAGACGGAUAAUGAUAGGGUUGCUGAAGAGCAGACCGCUGCAAGUGAAACAGAUUCAGAAAACUCAAACUCUCAGGCAUUUGAAAUGGUUGAGAAAGAUGAAGUUGAUGAAGUCGAAUUGGAGGAAAAUGAGGAGAUACCUGAAAAGGGGAGUUGUGUUCAAGAUUUGCAGAAAGAAAUAUCUAAAGAUGAUAUAGAAGAUGAAAAGACCACCGAGUCUUAGAGAAUACUAGCCGUACUUAAAUUGAUGAUGCAAACCAGUGAACGUGAUUGUUGACUUUGGUUAAUGGCAUGUACUCUAAUGUAGAAAUCUCAUGUUUAGUAUUAUGCAGUGUACUCCAGUUUUCUUUAUUUUGAGAUUUGUGACCAGAUAGGUGAAAAUGAUUUUAAUUUGCAAAUUGCUUUUUUUCAUCUUUAUAAUUAGAUGUGGGUUUACUUUUUGUUAUACAUCCAGUACUUGCGAACAAUGAAAUUUUCAUUGAGAUUUGGGCAUUUCAUAACAUGCAUUGUUGUUAUAUUAUUAUUGUAAUAUUUUUCAGAUUAUGGAACUGUUAUCCAAGACUUAUAUUAUGUGGCACGAACAUUUCACUACCAAGCUUGUAGUCACCAUUCAUUACCUAACAACUCUUUUAAAACACCGCAUGUGUGACGAUAACUGGCAUUUUAUUCCCACACGAUUAUGUUAUGUUAUUGAUGCAUCAUAGCUUGGAUGCUUUCUCCAUAUGUAAGGUCAGUGAUAGAAAUACGAAUUGUAAUUACCGUACUAAUCUUUGCCGUUCACGCAUUAUAAAAGUGCUUGCAAUUCUGUUUCGGUGUUCAGCACAAAUUAUGUAGCGGUUAUAAAAGGUUCAGUUUAACCUUUUUGGCAUUUUGGGGUGGGCUAUGUAUUCUUGUUUUUUUUAAAAACCUAUAUUCCUGACCUGUCUCUUCAUUACUACUUCCAGACUUAUUGUUUAGUUAAUUUUUAAUACGAAGAGACUGGGGGGUUAGAUAUUAGACAAAACUUCAUUGUGUUUUUGUUCAAGAAGCAAUAUUUAACCAUUACGUAGAAUGAAACGGUAAAAUUAUUUAUUUUAUGAAUGCUGUAUUCUGUAAUUUUCUUUUCUGGAUUUAGCUUGGGGGAUUAAGUGAACAAGGAAACAGCUGGAGGUAGUUCAUGUGUUCUGUUGUGGUUACUCAAGUUCAUGAAUGGGAACUCUUGGCUGCAUUGCAUUUUUGUACCUAUAUGUAUGGAGGGUAUUAUUUUGUAAUUAUUAAAUGCAAUACUAA